GGGAAGCUUUUGGUGCUUCCUGGGAACCAGAGCGUCAAUUAGAGGGUACCUUUCUCAAUCGGGAAUUACUAGAAACUUUGCGUUCCGAGAAGCCAUUGUCUGAUAGCUUAGUUAUGGAUGAUGUUCAUUCCAUCCCUAGCCGUACGACCAUCGAGGCUCCCCUCAGUGGUCUAUACAAGAACGUUUUCAAGGAAAAAAAGGGUAGCCGUGAUGGUCCUCUGGCUACAUGAUGGAAUCAUGGACGGGAUUCAUAUUAGUGGUAGAAGUUUUUGACGAUAGGGGUUGCUAUGGCGGUAUUCAGAACGAUUGGAGUAGGAUCUUUGACCGAUACGG